AUGUUUCGAGCUCGUCGAUAUCGAGUUCUGAUCAUAUUCGCUGCGGCGUUCCUGCUAACCUUCAUCCACUUCGCCCGCUCACGCGACUGGAGCGAUUCAUCAAUCAGUCAACAACCAGUCGGCAUUCACCCACCCGAUCCGGCCUCUGCCUACCCAAACCCAGACCAACCCAAAGCUCCGAAACCUGACAACCCUGCCGCCGCCGCUGCCAUUGAGGAGAGCGACAAAUAUGUCAUCCCGGAACCCAACCGCGGCUCCUCCGGCUCCGCACCCUCUACCGGAAAGGAAAAGAUAGGUUCUUCUGUUGGUCCCAGCAGUGGAUUAAAGGAUGCCACCAAAGAUAAAGCACCAGUGCCAGUAAAUGCGCCUAGCAAGGAGGGCUCGACGGAUCCCGCACCAGUGGGUGGCGCUAGCCGAUUGCUGCCCCCAACAACAGAAGACCCCUCCAACAAGGAGGAGCUGGAUAACGGAGGUGCUGGCAGACAUUCAGUGGACCGUCCCGCUACAGGUACUCAGUGGAAGAAAUUCCCUGAGCGGUUCCCCGUUCCGGCAGGCGAGACAAUUAAGCUGCCCAAGGAGCGGUCGAGGAUUCCCAAGCUCCAGGCUAAGUUCAAGGACGAGUCAAGCUACGACAAGCAAGAGCGCUUGCAGCGACUUAGCACCAUCAAGGCUGAGUUCAAGCAUGCUUGGCAGGGGUACAAGAUGACUGCCAUGGGACAUGAUGAAGUGAAGCCCUUGACUAAGCAGGUCGAGGACCCGUUCAAUGGCUGGGGUGCGACUCUGGUUGAUUCUCUUGAUACUCUUUGGAUUAUGGGGUUGAAGGAGGAGUUCACUGAGGCCGUGGAUGCCAUCAAGAAGAUCGAUUUCAAGACUUCGUCCAGAGGUGAUAUCCCGGUCUUCGAGACUACCAUUCGUUAUCUUGGUGGUCUUCUCGGUGGUUAUGAUAUCUCUGGUCAUCGAUAUACGGUACUAUUGGAGAAAGCUGAGGAACUCGCUGAGAUUCUUAUUGGUGCCUUUGAUACACCAAACCGCAUGCCGCAGCUUUACUACAAAUGGGCCCCAGAAUUUGUUGCGAGGCGCCAUCGGGCCUCUGGCCGAGCUGGUUUGGCUGAAAUUGGAUCGCUUUCUUUGGAAUUCACUCGAUUGGCUCAAAUAACCCAGCAGGAUAAGUACUAUGAUGCAAUUGCACGGAUCACCAAUGAAUUGGAAAAGAUUCAAGAUUCGACCAGCCUCCCUGGACUGUGGCCUCUUCGUGUUAAUGCGCAGGGAUGUACUAAAUACGAUCCGCAGCGCAAUGGCAGUCCUACGCGUGAGGAGCAUGCCGCUCUAAGGAACGAGAGCCCUUCGACAAAAACCCGCAGACCUUAUGUUGCGCCAACGGAUAUCGAGAGCUAUAAGAAAUUAAUCCCGCGUGAAGUUGAGACUGGUUCUGAGGAAUCUGUUGAACUUGCCAAUGGUACUCAUGCUGCCAAUUUGCCAAUUGAGGCGCGCCAGCAACAGUCAACCCUUGCAAGUCAAUGCAAUGGCGGCCUGGAAUUGCCCAUUUCGUCCCGUGAGAACAAGUUCACCAUGGGAGGGAUGGCAGAUUCAACCUACGAGUACUUGCCCAAGGAGUACCUCCUGCUAGGUGGCCUGGAGCAGUACAAGACGAUGUACACCAAAGUGGCUGCUGCAACCCGCAAACAUCUCGUGUUCCAACCCAUGAUCAAAGGCAAAUGGGAUGUUCGAUUCACGGCAUCUACCUCGGUGACACCUGGAAAGGCUACCGAUAUCACAGAUCUUGAAUAUGAAGGCACCCACCUCACUUGUUUCGUCGGUGGAAUGUUCGCUCUGGGAGCCAAGGCAUUUGGAAUCGAGGGGGAUUUGGAGCUUGCAGCCAAGCUCACCGACGGCUGUGUGUGGGCUUACGAGUCUACACAGACUGGGAUCAUGCCGGAAAGAUUCCGUCUCCUACCCUGUCAAAAGGGCUCAGCCUGUGACUGGGACCAGGCGACUUUUGAUGCUGGCGUGGCACGUUGGUCGCGUCUUGACCCGGCUGCAGGACCUCAGUUCCGCAAUGGAGAGAGCGCUUACGCUGAGCGUAUCAAGAUGGGCGGGAUCGAUGAGUCACGAGACCCGAUUGGCAAGACCAUUCCCAUGGCCAUGCCAGGCUCGUUGAACCCUCACGACAGCGAGAUCGUGGAGAAGCGCAGUGCUAAGAUUUCAUCUUCUGUUUCUGCUGUACCCAUCAUCUCAAGCCCCACUCCCACACCUGAGGUAGCUGAUUUGGAAAACCGAGACGCGCCUCGUUCUCCUCCAUCGUCCGACUCACCCCAGGCGUCUGUUGGCGAGGAUCACCUCCCCGCAGGCAUGAUCAGCAUCCCGUCGCCGAAAUACAUCCUUCGGCCCGAGGCGAUCGAGUCUGUUUUCAUUAUGUACCGACUGACUGGUGAAGAGUCCUGGCGCAAGAAGGGAUGGCAGAUGUUCGAGGCCAUCGUCAAACACACGCGAACAGACCACGCCCACGCAGGCAUCCACGAUGUCACGGCCCAGAAGCCGACCCAGAUGGACACCAUGGAGUCCUUCUGGUUAGCGGAGACGCUGAAAUACUUCUAUCUGCUGUUCAGCGACACGACUGUGGUGGAUUUGGAUAAAUACGUUCUGAAUACCGAAGCGCACCCAUUACUGCGCCCGAGUUCAUAG